AUGCCAUAUCUAGCUGGGUAUACAAUACCCAAGUUUGUGAAGUUUGAUGGGAAACAAGGUAAUGCCAGAGAGCAUGUGGUGAGGUUCAUUGAAACUCUUGGUGUCCAUGGUAGUGACCACUCUCUGCACCUUCGGGAGUUCUCCAAAUCACUCACUGAAAGGGCUUGUAGCUGGUAUAUGAACUUGGCCCCCAACUUGAUCAAGAGUUGGGAGGAGAUAGGAAACAAGUUUCAUAUGAAAUUCUUCCAAGUCCAGGAGAAGGUCACAACCCUCACACUUGGGCGAGAUGUUCAAAAAGAAGGUGAAGAUAUACUGGACUAUGUUAAGCGAUUUCAAGAUAAGGCCAUUGACUAUCAUAAACCAGUGGAUGAGGCCCACUUGGUCAGCAUGUGUGUGGAGGCCUUGGUUGAGAUAGCCAAGAACCUCAGUACCACGGGUCCUUUGCAUAGAUCUCGCGACAGUCACCACUGCUCCCGCAGUAGCAGAGUUGCUACGGUAACCUCCAUAGGAGGGAGCCGCUCACAAGGAGAUGCGUCGUCCUCCCAAAAGAGGAAGAGUUAUGAGGACAGAAACCCAUAUCCUUGCAGCCUUGAGAAUGUUAAAGCCUUAGUUAAAGAAUGGGUAGCCGAUGGUGAAUUUAUUUUAUCUCCAGUUGAUAUUCCCCCUACCAAGAAAGGCAAAGAAAGACCAGAUUAUUGUGUCUAUCACAGAGCCACUAGACAUCCUACUAGAGACUGUUGGACUUUGAAAAGUGUCUUCAAGAAGAAAGUUGUUGCGAAUGAGCUGAAGUUUGAAGAUACCGGUAACUGUGAUGUGAGAAAAGACCCCUAUCCCAACCACAAGGAGAAGGGGAAGAAUGUACAUAUGAUUGGUUAUCUUGGGCCUGUGCGGGAUCAAAUGCACAUGGCAUCCUAG